AUGUUUUGCAGAAACGUCUCGGUAAGGCGGAAGAAGAAAUCUGGCUCUGUCCCGGUUUAUCUCAAUGUCUACGAUCUCACCCCAAUGAAUGUAUACGGUUACUGGCUCGGAAUCGGAAUCUAUCACUCUGGUCUCGAAGUGCAUGGGGUUGAAUAUGGAUACGGGGCACACGAGCAACCAAGCUCUGGAAUUUUCGAAGUGGAGCCGAAGAAGUGUCCUGGUUUCACCUUCAGGAAAUCGAUUCUCGUUGGUGAAACAGAGAUGAAGGCGAAAGAAGUUCGAAGCUUUAUGUUGAAACUAGCAGAAGAGUUUCAGGGAAACAAGUAUCACCUCAUCACAAGGAACUGCAACCAUUUCUGCAACCAAGUCUGCUUAAAACUAACUCAGAACGCAAUCCCUAACUGGGUCAAUCGUCUUGCUCGAUUAGGUUUCCUAUGCAACUGUGUGUUGCCUGCUAGCUUGAACGAGACGAAAGUGAAGCGGGUGGGGAAAGAUGGGAAGCUUUUGGAAGCAGAAGAGAGUAGUAAUAAUAAGAAGAAGGCGAGAAGCCGAUCAGGUCCUUUAGCUGCAUCUUCGUGUUCUCUGAAUUCGAGAUUAGAUAAUAAGAAAGCUUCACAUGUCAGAUCAAGAUCAACAGGUAAUUUUCCUCCUUGUUCUUCUUCUUCUAACUCUUGUCCUUUGAGAAAAGAAAGACCUCGACUUCCUCCUAUUGCAUCUGGAGGAGAGCAAGAGCAGAAGAAUCCAAGCGUAAGCUUCAAGACAUGA